AUGGGCAAGAACAUUGAACAAUUUUAUCUUUCAGAUCUAUCGAUCCCUUCUGAUGAAACUGAUGAUUGUUGCAAAGAUAUAGAAGAUGAGUGCAAUAUAUUAGUGUCUGAGGUUGAUUUGAUGUCUGUGUCAUUGUUAAACACAAAACAACAACUUGCAUAUUCUAAAAUUGUUAAUGCAGUAAUUUCUAGAAAUCUAGGAUAUUUCUUUAUUGAUGGACCUAGUGGAAUUAGGAAAACCUUUCUAUAUCGAGCAAUCUUAGCUACAAUAAGAAUGCACAAAUUGAUCACUCUCAUAACUGCAAUUGCAACUUCAGGAGUUGCUGCAUCAUUUUUGUCUAAUGGACGCAUUGCACACUUAUGGUUCAAAAUUCCCAUAGAUGUUGAAAACAAAAUUUGUUGUAAUGUCAGCAAACAGAGUGGCCUAGCAAAACUUUUGAAACUUGCUGCACUUAUAAUAUGGGAUGAAACAUCAAUGGCAAGACGACAAAGUAUUGAAGCACUUGAUGAAUUGUUAAAAGAUGUCAUGUAUAUCAAUCUUCUAUUUGGAGGAAAGGUUGCAGUAUUCGGUGAGAAGAUCAAAUUGACAGAAAAUAUGCGAGCUAUGCAUGAUCCAGCAUUUAGUAAUUUUUUGCUUUCUGUAGGAAAUGGUACAGAACAACAGAUAUCUCCUAAAACUAUCAGAAUCCUUAAAGUAAUGCUUUUUUCGUACAAUAAAAACAUUAAUCCACUUCAAAAGCUUAUCACUUUUGUCUUCCCAAAUUUCAAUGAUUAUAAUGAAGAUCCACUUUCAAUGAUGAAUCGAGCUAUCUUGACUCCAAAAAAUGACAAUGUAGAUCACAUCAAUGAAAUAUUGAUGGAAGAAUUCCUUGGAGAUGAACACAUAUAUAACAACAUUGAUGAGACUGCUGAUACAAGUCAGCAGAGCCAAUAUGAAGAUUUUCUGAACUCUUUAUCUGCUCCAGGAUUACCACCGCACAAAUUGUUGCUUAAAGAAACUGCCCCACUGUUAUGCUUCGCAACAUAA